CACCCCACAGGUCAUCGAAAGAAAGGCAACCACUAGUCCAUACCCCACCUUAUGUGGGGCCCUAUGCACAGACCGACCCCCGCAACUCAUCAAAAGACGUCUAUUGACCACUCCACGAACAAAAACAAGAAGCAGCAGAUAAAGCUGCAGGCGAGCGGCGAUCUACAGAUCAUGGCUGCUUCCAUCCACCACUACCUCCUCCUCUUCCUCUUCAGCCUCAGCCUCCCCUUCGCCUCCGCCAUCAACUUCCUCUUCAACUCCUUCUCCGCCGUCUCCAACCUCACCCUCGUCGACGACGCCCGCGUCGAAGACUCCGUCCUCCGCCUCACCAACGACUCCAACUACUACUCCAUCGGCCGGGCCUUUUACCCCGACCGCCUCCGCUUGGCCUCAGGCCCCGGCCAAGCCCUCUCCUCAUUCUCCACCUCCUUCGUCUUCUCCAUCCUCCCCGAGAUCGACAGCAGCCCUGGGUUCGGCCUCGCCUUCGUCCUCUCUAACUCCACCUCCCCGCCCGGUGCUCUCUCCGGCCAGUACUUUGGCGUCUUCUCCAACGCCACCCGCCAGUUCCCGGCGCCGCUCCUCGUCGUCGAGUUCGAUGCCGGGCGGAACCCGGAGUUCAACGACCAGGAUGGCAACCACGUCGGCGUCGACCUCAACUUCGUCGAGUCCGCCGUCACCCACACCGCCGGGUUCUACCGGGCCAACGGAUCGUCGACGGAGCCCGAGUUCGUGCCGCUCGACAUGCGAUCCGGGCGGAACAUCCGGGCGUGGAUCGAUUUCCACGGCCCUCUGUUCCAGAUCAAUGUCACCGUGGCGCCGGCCCAGGAACCACGGCCGCGGUGGCCGCUGAUAUCCUACACCGAUCCCGUGAUCGCCAACUACGUGUCGCCUGAGAUGUACGCUGGGUUCUCGGCGUCGAAGGUGAAGUGGGUGGAGGCGCAACGGGUGUUGGCCUGGAGCCUCAGCGACACCGGCGCUGCGGCCAGGGAGCUCAACACCUCCAAUUUGCCCGUUUUCUUGCCGCCGUCGCCGCCAUCGUCUUCCUCAACCUCUGUAGGACUUAUAGCCGGCGUCGCCUCUGCCUGCCUCGCCAUCGCCUUCCUUUGCGUCUUGGGACUGUACUACCACUGUAGGAGGAGGGGAAAGGCGAGAAUCCGCAAAGAGGAGGAAGAAGAGGAGUGGGAAUCGAAGUACUGGCCAAGGAGGUUCAACUACGAGGACCUUUGGAGUGCUACCAAUGGGUUCUGUAAGGAGCGGUUGUUGGGCUUCGGUGGCUUCGGCAAGGUCUACAGGGGAGUCCUCCCUGCCUCGAUCUCCCGCGGAGCCGAUAGCGGCGGAGGAAGUGCAGCAAGGGAGGCGGAGAUGGAGGAGGUGGCGGUGAAGUGCGUGUCACACGACUCGAAGCAGGGGCUGAGGGAGUUCAUGGCGGAGAUAUCAAGCAUGGGGCGGCUGCAGCACCGGAGCCUGGUCCACAUGAAGGGCUGGUGCCGCAAAGGGAACGAGCUGAUGCUGGUGUACGAGUACAUGCCCAACGGCAACCUCAGCCAGUGGCUCUUCUCCGACGCAGAGCACCGGCCAGCGCUGGCCUGGCCGGCGCGGCGGCGGGUGCUGGUGGACGUGGCGGAGGGGCUGCUGUAUCUCCACCAGGGGUGGGAGCAGGUGGUGCUCCACCGGGACGUGAAGAGCGCCAACAUACUACUCGACGGCGACAUGCGGGGGCGCCUCGGCGACUUCGGGCUCGCCAAGCUCUACGAACGCGGCGCCGCGCCGUGCAGCACCAGGGUGGUGGGGACGCUGGGCUACCUGGCGCCGGAGAUGGCGGUGGCGUCGGCGCCCACGGCGGCGAGCGACGUGUACAGCUUCGGGGUAGUGGUGCUGGAGGUAGCGUGCGGGAGGCGGCCCAUCGAGAGGGCGGAGCGCGUGGAGGACGACGACUGGGUGCUGGUGGACUGGGUGAAGGAGGUAUACGCGGAGGGGCAACUGGCGGAGGCGGCGGACAAGAGGAUGGAGUUCCCGGUGGCGGAAAUGGAACUGGUGCUGAAGCUGGGGCUGGCGUGCUGCCACCCGGAUCCGGAGCAGCGGCCGAGCAUGAAGGAGGUGGUGGAGCUGCUGCUGGCUGCAGAGUCUGUCGGAACUCCUGUAGCCGAGCGCAAUGCCCAGCAAAGCUCAUAGAGUUGCUGCUGCUUCUUCUACAUUGAGACCUCAAUCCUCAAACAUCAAACACUGUCAUUACCAUCGAAAUGCCAGAGUAUUAACAGAGUGCAUCACACGCCGCAUUGCUUGGUUUCAGGCAUUAUCAGCCCCUUGGUGAACCAAUGGAUGAACUGAUGGGACUCUUCCAUCACCUGCUAACUUAGAGCAAAAUGGUCUCGGAUCAUAAAGGAACGACCUCAUUCAGCUUCCCUGAACCCAGAAUUGGAUCCCUGCAAUUGGAGUUGCGCAGCCUUUCUCUUUGCUGCAAUAUCUGAGACUUCAAUGAUCAUCCUCCACACAUCAAGAAAAAAAGUAUCAAGUUAGAUAAUUAUGUGCUCGGUCUUAUUAUAAUAUUCCAUCCGUUAUCUUGCUGAUCCAUCUUGAAAGAUUAAGAAGAAUACUUCAUUGGCCAA